AUGAACCUGGGUCCAGCAUGCAUCUUCCUGAGAGGAGGAAAGCACGUUGAGCGAACACUAGCAGCUGACGAAAUAGACGAGCUGAGGGAAGCCUUCGCGGAGUUUGACAAGGACAAGGAUGGGCUCAUUAGCUGCAAGGACCUGGGGAACCUGAUGAGAACCAUGGGCUACAUGCCCACCGAGAUGGAGCUGAUCGAACUGAGCCAGAACAUCAACAUGAACCUUGGGGGGAGUGUGGACUUUGAUGACUUUGUGGAGCUGAUGGCCCCUAAGCUCCUUGCAGAGACCGCUGGCAUGAUUGGCUUGAAAGAACUCAAAGACGCCUUUAGAGAGUUCGAUGUGGACGGGGAUGGAGAGAUCACGACGGAGGAGUUGCGGCACGCCAUAAGCAAGCUGCUGGGGAAGCAAAUGAACAGGAGAGAGAUAGACGACGUGAUCAGAGAGGCCGACUAUAACGGGGACGGGACAGUGGACUUUGAAGAAUUUGUCAAGAUGAUGUCAAGACCAUGA